AAACUCUUAUUAGAGCGCACCAACAAAAAUGGCAGCGGUUUGCGUGGCAGUUAUAUCCAAGCAGAACUUUCCGCUCUACCUCCGCUCCGUGAACCCUCAAAACGAGGCAGACCUACAGUUCCAGUACCUUGUCCACGCUUCCAUCGACGUAGUGGAAGAGAAAGUCUCGACGCUGGGGACUCCAAAAGCAGGCCAGGACCCAAGAGAGCACUAUUUGGGUCUCCUCUACCCUUCAGAACAGUACAAAGUGUAUGGCUACGCUACAAACACACGUGUGAAGUUUAUUCUGGUGGUAGAGAACACAACCAGCCAGUCCAGAGACACUGAAAUGAAGAUGUUGUUCAAGAAUCUGCAUGUGGCAUAUGCAGACAUGUUAUGCAACCCUUUUUACACUCCAGGACAGAAAAUCACUUCACGCACUUUCAAUAAUGCCGUCAGCAGUAUUUUUCAAAUGAGCAAAGGCUUCACCUCGAAAGAAUAGCACGCGGGAGUGUACUUUUGCUCUCUCUCUUUUUACACACAACACUGUUUCACAGAAUAAUUUAAUACAAUAUUUCGAGAGAAAGUUAUAGUACAGUGAAAUGACAAAGAACACGAAACACAAAACCACAACACCUGCCUGGUGGGGUCGUGAACGAGCAGGUCUAAAAAAAAAUUAUAAAAAAAACGAAAUGGUGCAGAAUUCAACAAUGGGUAAGGAAGGGAAAAGGUACGAAAACUAAAUAUACAGAAACAAAUGGUACAAAAUUCACAAAGGAGAAAAGAAAGGCUAACUGCACGCAAACAGCAAGUGAAACGGAUUAAAACCCACACUCUGAGAGGGCGGGGAAAUAUUGCUAGUAGGUGGAGGAGGCAUUAAUUGGAGCUAGACAUCGUCGCUCGCUGCGAGGAGGGGUGAGCAACACGGAACAGUCUGGAUGGACCAUGCCCGGGACAGCUGCCGCAGAUAACUGUGAGUGUCUUAGUUCUAAUGCAUCGUCCUAGAGCAUUGCUAUUGUGACUGAAUGAGUCUGAAUAUUGUGGAGAUCUUGAGGAGUAACCCCUGGAAAUGCUCUCUGGGCUACAGGACCAUCUCUUGAAAUGACCAGAGCAAACGGGUACAUCCACUGAACACAAUCGUUCACCUCCUCCAGCAACAGACCUGUACAACACCAUCACAUUACUCUCGCGCCCCACACUCUAAGACAAACAAGGAAGAGGGGGGAAGAUAGCCGAGGCACAGCAGCACACCUGUUAUGGCAGU